UCCAUUCUUGUGCAUUGCUUACAGGGCAUAUCUUUGUUUUGUGUACGUAUUGAGACGAGAAUUUGCCCGUUAUUUUCUUGUGAACUGCGGGAUUCUAUUGUUUCUUAUUAUAGACAGCAAUAUUGUCCAUUUUAUUCACUGGUAUAAUUUAAACUGGAAUAUGUAGAUGUUGAUUUAUGAUUUUCCAUUGUUUACAUGUUGAUUGGUCUGCAGUUAGUCUUCAGACAUACAGAUGCUCUAAAAUAUUUUGACAGACAAACCAAAUGUUAUAAUGGAGUGUGGAAAGUUGAGGAAAUUGAUUUGCAGCAACAAAGCUACUGUUGAAAAUCUAAAGCAGUUUGCUGAGAGGCUUGAAGAAAAACCCAUUAAAUCUUCAGUUGAUGAUCUUCCUAAUAUUCUACCAGCGAUUUUUAAUUAUGCUUUUCAUAAAGAUACAUCUUUUCGUCAGUCGGCUUUACCUGCAUUCAUCAAGCUGACAAACCUCCUAGACUUAAACAAGCACCUCAAAGAACAACAAUGGUGGUCUCAAUUGAAGGAGCAGAUGAUACAGAAAGUGGAUAUUCUGAUGGAAUUGAUUACAUCAGGAGAUGAGAACUGGUCAAAUUUGUGGUGUACAACUAUCACAAUGCUUGGGUCUGACUUGAAAGGUGAGCUGGUAUUGCUCAACAAGCUGUUGAAGGUGGUUGAGAAAGCGUUCAAGAUGAGCAAAGAAGACGUGAAAGACCAAGGUUUUAAGUGUUGGCGCAAACUGAUCAGUAACUUUGCUAUAAACAAACAGGAGUUGAACAACAAGCGACGAUUGACUUUGCUAGUCAUCCCACUUAAGGCCGGUAACCAUGCUACUCACAGACUCUGUGUCUCCAAAAUGGAGACCUGGAAAUACCUACUCUACAACUUGGACCAGGAAAGUGAGAUGACAGUUCAGUUGGUGAUUGUGCAUUUCCUCGAAUUCAUGUUUGGUGGAGUGGGAUCUCUAGCUCCUGCGUGCAAGAUGUUGAACACAGAAUGUGGAAAAGCGUUCUGGCAGUUGCUCAAAACACUUUUUGUGUUCCGUAGCUUGCCAGACAUAUUUAUAAAAUAUGCAAUACUCUGCAUUGAGCACAUAAUUGAGAAUGUUGAUCUAGCUUUAGACAUCUGGAAGUGCCUUUUAAACAAUAUGAAACUACUUCAGUGGCCAGAUAAUCUGGUCGCUACAUUAGUGACUGAAAUUGUAAACAGUGGAGAAAAGAAUGCAGUGUUUAAGAAGAGUGAAACAUAUGCCCAGUUGGUGCGUAACUUGUAUACAGGUAAUCAGUCCAUUCCAGUUGGAUUGUUAGUGAAAAACAUUGACAAAAUCAUAACCGUUGCGUUUGAACCCGAUGUACUCCUGAACUUCACAGAAUCUUGGUGCAACGAUCUGUUGGAGAUAGUUGACCAAACUGAUCCAAUCACACUACCUCAAGAUGUGAUGGGAAUUAUUGUACCCAAGUUGAUUGCUUUGUCCACUGGCGAGGUUUUCAGGGAUGAGAAAGUGAAGCUUCUGCGUGGUAUUUGGAUGACUGUAAUAAACAUCUACUGCAAGUGGACAUUCAGCGAAGGCCUGCGAGACAAGAACGGUAGUACACAAUCUGACUUGCACAACAUUUACCAGCUGCUGCUGUAUGGUGCCACCGAUCUUUCUUCUACCUGGAAUAAGUUCCAGAUAAAGUCUUGGAAAUCAUUAUAUAGCGAAGGUGUGAAACAUUUUUCGCUCCUGCCAGAAGCUGAUAAGUUUGUCAGUGGGCUUGUACAGCUGCUGGUCGAUGGUGUACGGAAUGGAAAACUCCCCUUUCAUGUUGCAGUUGAUGUAGUUUCCAUUUUACUGGAAUUUCACCUGUCAAAAGAUGCAUCCAGUAUUCGUCCCUUGAUGAUGGAGUUGGCAGAGAAGGGAAUGAACUUGCUACAAAUUGAUCCCAGCUCCUCAAUAUUACUUGGUACUUACAUCAAGAUUAUUGUGUCUGCUGCAAGGAGUGAAUCAGCCCUUGUCAACGAUGUCUCAGCUGUCAUUGAUAAGAUGUCUACUAACUCUAAGGAAACACUGUCUGGAGGAUCACACGAUAAAAUACGCAACAUGGUUUUCAAAGCACAACAUCAACUGCAUGGAUUGAAAUCAACCAGAAUUCAAGAGAAAUCUGAUUCACCAAAUACCUCCACAACGCCAACCUCUUCAUCGCCUACUAUGACCAGUUUCUUGCGCAGGUUAGCAAAGUCAAAAGAAUCAAAAGCCAAGUUGAGUUCCACAUCUCCUUCACAGUCAUUGGAGAAGUCUCCUUCACCAGCUGUUACUCCUACAUCUAAAAAGACUAACUCGCCCUUUGCUGAUUUAAAAUCUGAGGAUUUUGUAUUUGUACCACCCAAGAACCGGAAGACAAUUUUAACUGACCAUCAGAAGGAAAGUUUAAACUCAAGAAAGCACGAUAUACCAGCACUGUAUCAAGAUUUGUCUCAAGAUAACUCUCAGUCAGCUUUUGAAAGCAUUGUAACUUCAGUACAAGUUGUGGAAGAAGAUGUAGACAAACUACACUUUGUACAUACACCCAAGAAACAAAAUGGAUCAAUUGAACUAGGACUUAAAGUUUUGACGCCUAAAGAAGUAAAAAAUUCGACAUCAGGUAUUGAAGUUAGAGAGCCUGAAGAAAGCAAAUUGUUAAGCAAUAAAGAGAAUGAUUGUUUUAAUAACAACACUAAUUCUCCAUUUUCCUCUGUAGGCAAACAAGACAAACUGGUCAGUAAAGAUAUGAGUUCUUUUAAUACAGUUUUGCCAAAUGAUGACAGCAAGAAAUGUGAAGACAAUUCUCUUGCAGUUGUAGUGGAUGGUAACAAACCACUGCAAGAGAUGAAGAACGUGGAAAGCAAAUUAAGUGAUAACAAGAAAUCUUCCAACAUUAAAACUUGUGAAAGCACAUUAAAAGAAGUUUCUAAAAGGGAUAAAAAGGAAAAUGAAGAUUUGAAGACUAGUGUUGAGGAGAAGAGUGAGUGUAAAAAAACAAGUGAAAUUGAACCUUGUAGUAAGGCAAAUAAAACAGUCAGUGAAAGUUUGGCCACUGAAACCACUGUAAAUAGUGUAAUUGACCACAAAACACCAAAAAGGAACUUUAAAAGGAGUAAAAUAAUUUUAUCUGUUAAGAAAAGUCAAAAAAAAGAUAAUACUAAAAGUCCAAAAAUUUCUGAGGAAGAAAUUUCUUUAACACCUGACAAUAAAGAAAGAAAGUCCCCUAGAAAUAGCAAUAAUACACCAAAAGUUUCUCCUAGACGGCUCAGAAAACGGAAAUCAGGUGUUACUCCUAUACUGAGUGCCGGAGAACUUUCUAAGAAGAAAAAAUCUGUUCAAAGUCCUUUAAGUAGCAAAACUACUCCCGUUGUGAAGAUUGCAGAGUGUACUGAGAUUAAAAAGGCUUUUAAUGAAGAUAGUGAAGAUGUAAACAAUUGUAAUAGAAAUAAGUGUAUAGGUUCAACGAAUGGAAUAAAUUCAGAAAAACCAUGCAUGGUUACUUCAGAAGAAAGUUCUACUGGAACAAAAUCGGUAGUGGGUGAAGAAUGUGAAAAAACUGACAAAAUUUCAGAAAAAUUGAUUAUGAAGAAAGAUAAUAUAAAUGUAGAUAUAAAAUUUUCUCCUGUUAAAGUUGUGCUUGCACGGAUACCUUUGAAUGAUUCAAGUAGUUGCAGUAACAUCAAUAAUAGGUUAUGUGGUCCAAGCAGUGAAAAGCCGAAUAAAUCAUGCGGUGAGCCUGUAAGCGGACGUAUUAAGGAUCCUAUAAAGUUAUCAGAUCGUAAGAAUCAAGUGGACGACAGUACCGAAGGACUUAUAAAUGCUGAUACAGGUGUUGAUCAUUCAAAGAAAAAUUCUCAUUCUGUUAUAGGAAAUAAUACAGAAACAGAAGGCAGUGUCAAAGAAGUAACUACCAAUUUAAAAGAGGUACGGAAGGGGGAUGAGGAAAUAUCUGUCAAGUGUACUGUUGCAACAAAAAGUAAUACAUCAGAACAAAAAACCCAUGAAGAUAUUUGUACAAAUUCAGAAUCAAAACAAAGUGCAGAAAUAGAACAAACUCCUCCAGUGAAAAGAAGGUACUCACCUCUAAUUAUUACAAGAUCAAUGGAGACUAACAAUAAAUCAAUAGACACAAGUCACACUUCUGGUAAAAAUUACACUACUACUAAAAAUGUAAGUAGUGGUGAUACAAGUAUAAAAGUUCCUGUGGAAUGUAGUGCAGCUGUAACAACUGUAAAAUCUGAAGCUGAGAAUUCAAAUGAUUGUAAUAAAUUAUAUGAUUCUGCGAAUAAAGAUGGUAAGAGUUUAUUGGAUAAAGAAAGCAUAUCAACUCCACAAAAAAGUGUAGUAGAACUGAAAACGAAUUCAACUGCAGGUGGCAACAAUGACAUGAAGAAUUCUAGUAAAGAGUCUGAGUCAUUGUGUGUUGUAGAAAGCUCUCCAUCUCAAAACACAAGAUCAUCAGUGAAAAAAACAAAGUGCAGAUUACUCCGACAGUGAUAUUGAAGUGAUCUACGAUGCAAAAGAUAACACGAAUAAGAUUAACACUGGAAUUGUUGAAUCAGAGGAAAUAAUUGAAGAAGUGACCCCAGUAAAGGAGAUUAAUAAAUUGCCAACAUCCCUGCAGAAUAAAAACAACCUAUCAAAGAGUAAAAUCAUUGUUGAUGAACAACAGACAAUUGAAAUUGAAAAAGAUGAGAAUUCUAGUAGU